UCCUGUCAUUGGUCUUUGAAAGCCGCAUCAGACUCGGAACGAUUGUCAUUAUUGACAUAGUGGCAGACUUGAGAGUUGCUACCAUUCGAUGCAGGAUGGUCUGAACUUCAGACCUUGAACAAUAUAAUUAUAACUGUAUAAACAUCUCGUUAUAGUCAAGUCUAGCCUGAAACCGGAAUCCGGUGUGCAACUUUUUUUUGUUUUACCUGUUGAUUCAGUCAUCGUUAUUAUUUUAUUUUGUAUGUGAGUGACCUGUGUAACAGUGAAAGCCACACUGACAUGGCCGAGGUACCGACUCCGCAGCCGGUCGAAAUUGACCCCGAAUUCGAGCCUCUCUCCCGCCCGCGGUCCUGCACCUGGCCGCUGCCCCGGCCCGAGCUCAACGAUCCGGCCGGCUCCGGCACUUCGUCCCCGGCUCCGCCGGCACAGCCGGAGCCGGGAGGAAACCCCGAGUUCACCAGCAACCUCGGCUUGUUAGAGGAGGACUACGAAGAGUCUGCAGAGCAGAAACCUCCUCUGCCAUGCAGUGAUUUCCAGUGCAAGGAUGGAAACUGUCUGCACCCGCAUCAUCACCACCACCGCCGGCACCACCACCACCUCCAUCAGCCCCUGCAGCAGCAGCAGCAGCAGCAGUUCCCCGGGCCGCCUCAGCAACAGGUGCCUCCACCGGGUGUCGCACCGCUGGGCAGCUCCGGCCAGAGGAAGAGCAGCUCGUCCCGUCGUAACGCCUGGGGGAACAUGUCGUACGCCGACUUGAUCACCAAGGCGAUAGACAGCUCACCCGAGAAGAGGCUGACGCUGUCGCAGAUAUACGACUGGAUGGUGAAGAACGUGCCCUACUUCAAGGAUAAAGGAGACAGUAACAGCUCCGCGGGCUGGAAGAACUCCAUCAGACACAACCUCUCCCUGCACAGCCGCUUUGUGCGCAUACAAAACGAGGGAACGGGAAAGAGCUCCUGGUGGAUGCUGAACCCAGAGGGCGGAAAGAGCGGGAAGUCACCUCGACGCAGAGCUGCUUCCAUGGACAACAACAGUAAGUUCACCAAGAGCAGAGGAAGGGCCACAAAGAAAAAGAUGUCUCUACAGGAAGCAGCUGAGAGAGGAGCAGGCAGUCCUAGUUCCCAGUACUCUAACUGGCUGGGAAGCCCAAACUCCCACAGCAAUGAGGACUUUGAAGCCUGGAGCUCCUUUAGAACGCGCACCAGCUCUGACGCCAGCACCCUGAGUGGCUGCCAUUCGCCUUUUCCCUCCGAGCAGGAUGACCUAGGGGAGCCGGACGGCCACAUGAUUUAUCCCGGAGCAGCUGGGAGCAAGAUAACCACCACGCUGCCCAGCCUGUCCGAGGUGGCUGGGUCCAUGGGUCAACAUGGCUCAGAGAGUGUCAUGGAUAGUCUGCUGGAUAACCUGAGUGUGCUGUCUCCUAAAACGCAGCCAAGCUCUGACACCUCACAUCCAUCAAAUGCUGCCAUGCUUCAGAGUAGCCCCUACAGCUCCACUGGCUUGACCCCGCACCCUCAGAAGGACUACCGUAAGUGCAUGUACAACCAGCUGAGGAUUAACCCCCUGUCCCCCUCUCCCAUGCAGACGUUUCCAGAGACUAAGUCGGGCUUUAGAGCUUAUGAGAACCAGUAUAUUUGUCCUGCUGGCCUCCUCAAGGAGCUGCUGACCUCGGAUGGGGUGGCCAGUAGGGGAACACAGGUCUCUCAGCUGGGGAGGGGAGGUUGUCAAAUGCCCAAUUACAGCCACCCAAACCACAUGGCGGGCCAUAAUGGAGUAAAAAUGAUGAGUCCUCCCCAAAGUCACUUAGUUCCUCAUGUAAAUCCACAAGAUAUGCAUAGCCAAGGUCCUUCAACCUCACAAGAUUUGAAUGGCUGCAACAUGAUCCCCCUGACUUGCCUGGCUAGUCUGCCAGGUGCCCCUCCUCGAAUGGCGAGCCUGAGGACAUGCGUGCAGUUGCCCCGUGGACACCCACUUCACAAUAAUGUUGUUUCGGCAAGCUACGGCGGCAACAACGUUUACAGGGAACUCAGCUUGAUUCACCCAAACAGUCAUCACCCGGAGCGGUUGCCCAGUGACCUGGACAACGUGUCCAUUGAGAGGUUUGAAUGUGACAUGGAGACCGUGCUGCAUGACACCCUCAUGGAUGGCGGCGCACUGGACUUUAACUUUGAGCCCACUGGGCCUCAUGGGUUUCCUCAGAGGGUGAAGACCACCACACACAGCUGGGUGUCAGGCUAGGACGCAUGGUGGAUCACAACAGGUGCGACUCUUAAGUAAUGUGUCAGUUCCCUCACCUCCAUUCAGAGCCUAUUAAAUGUAAAUCAGCCACAGCCUUCAGUGUCUCCAGAGCAUUUAGCAGAAACUCAUUUUCAAAAAAUGUACGUGUCUUGAGUCGCAGAUCUAUGUAUAACAAUGAAUAACAUUCAUUUAUAUUUAAUAGACUCUAGAAUCCAGAUACGUAAAUAACUGCAUGGAACACAAGCUCUGCAGAGAGAUGGAAUGAGAGACCUUCCUGUCCAAAACUGGAUGCAUGUAUAUAUUGUUAUUUUUGCUGAUUUGUGUAUAUACAUUACAUUAUUUUACAUAAGACAGACCAUAGAAUAUGAGCGCUUCACAAAAUGUAUAAUUUGGGGCUAGUCCGACAUGAGACCAACACUGCACAAUCACCUUUGUGCAAUGAACAAAGCAGGAUACAUUGACUUUAUAUAAAUAUAUUCUAUUUAGGCUGAUCAUGGAUUCUUGAAGGGUUAAAUGAAAAGCUCAUAUUGGCAAAUUAAUUGAAUCAUUCGGUUGGAAUAUUAUAUAAACCAGCGUAUCAUCUGCAUAUUCAUGCAUAUCAAUCACCUUUAUUAUUUCCGCUAGGCGUACUCGUGUGUUUGAGUGUGUGUAUGUCUGUCCAAGGAUGAUCCAGUAUACUACUAGGCCCAUCAGUCUAAACCUUUUGGUGCUUAUUUAUUACUUUAAGAUCAAUUGACUUCCAUGUUAUUCAAACUUUUUGAAAAACACAUGUUAUUUAAUGUUUUAUGCAGUGUUUAUUGACUGCUGAUCCUCACUUUUAAGGGGGCACAAGUCAUCAACAACUGCUUCAGUGGCAAAAGGCAUUUCCAAUUGGCUACAACAUACAAAAUAAAAAAAGAUUUGUCAUUUAUAUGUAUGAAGAUAUAUAUUUAUGUUUUACUUCAUUGUAUUCAUGCCUUGUAAAAAAGGCCUCUGCUGUGUAUAAUGUAUACACCGUGUUCCAUGAUAUGCUCUUAUUAUUUUUUUGACAUCAAACAAACAUUGAAGAAGUAAAAUAAAGAUUCAUUAGAGAUAUCGCUCUCAGUUCACUGACAGUCCAUGUCAAUUGCAAUUAUUUAAGAUGAAUACAAUCUUACAUGCUUUCUUGUUGCUUGUUCUUCUGAGUUUGUAUCUCUAUGGUUGAAAUGCACUUAUUGUAAGUCGCUUUGGAUAAUAGCGUCUGCUAAAUGACAUGUAAUGUUAUGCAAUCUUUUAGUUUAGAAAAUGUGGCGGUCAAGAAUAAUUCUCCUCAACAUCGUAAAUCGAAAGCCCGGGGAUCAAGUUAAAUCCUACUUGUUUUUUUGUUACAUUCUGAAAAAGGGAUAUUUUGUAGAACCUCACAAAAGAGGAAUGAUACAGCGGCAGUAAUAGAUUGAUGGCCUUCAAAUAUUAGCUGACAUAGCACACAAUUUUAAUGCUGUUUAACUUCCAGCAGCUACACCUACUAUGCACCAAAGAGUUUGUACUCUACCACACACAUCAUGUGCCUACACAGUUUCCCACACUUAUAAUGCUGUACAGAUUAUUUGCUUUUUUAGUCGAUUUUUGUAAAUGAGGGAUUUAAAUUACUUUUCAGUAUUAUUUUAUUACCUAUUAUGAUUGUGUUAGCAAUGGUUGUUUACAUAUCUAAGUCCGAACCAUAUCAAUAAAUACUGUAUAUGAACAAUCAUACCUCAAAAUAUUUUACCUCUGAAGUGUUGAAGGGAUUUAUCCUGCUAUUCUCCUCAGUAAGUAUUUUAUUUGACUUACGCAGUUUGGACCUGUUCUGAGCAAUGCAACGUAUGCUUUUCCAAAAAAUGUUAUGUAUUGGAGGGUUAUAGCCCUUUCUCUCUAUUAAAUAUUUUGUGAAAGCACAAAUUAUUCUAAUGCAUUUUCUUGAAAUUAUACAUUUAAAACAGGAAAUAAUCUGUUCAGUUAAAACUCCAGGAAAGGAAUUCAACAAAGCAAAUAUAAUAAUAUCUUAGAAUAAUGCUACUAGUUCUAUAAUUAUAAAUGUCUUUCAGAAAUAAACGUUUGAUAGGUGCCUUUUUUAAUGGGUCAAAUUGCUACAUUGAACAAAUGAGAUUUCUGAUUUAAAAAGAGUAUUGUAUUUUAUAUGUAAUCUUGGACAUUAAACAAAUGAUGAAACCCACCUACGUCCACACAAUUUUGAAGGGAAAACGGAAUGCAUUCAUAUUAUAUCUUUUAUAUCCACAUACAGGUUUUUUUAAAAUAAAGCAUUAUUAUUUGUAACCCAUUCAGUGCAUAAAUUACAAUAUGCACAUGCAAUUAAAG